AUGGACGUUUUAGUGAUUGUGAUAUCAGUGAUAACACCUGGAGAUAAGUUUGAUGAUUAUCUCAACUCAGGUAAAACGGCAUUCCUGAUCACAGCGUUAGCGAUCGUCGUCAAUGAACGUGUCGUGAACGCUCAAAAUGUCAAUAGCGCGGAUCAAAUGGCCAUGGAAACGAAGAACAAAGCGGUGACAAUUGUGGAAGGACCGAAACUCAACAAACCGAUACAACCUACCCAGUUAGCGAAAGCAAAUCAGACUAACAGUCCAGAGUUGAGACCGUCGAGUAAACCGCCUAUACAUCUCAUUUCAGACAAAAAAUUCUUCUAUGAUAUGCCCCAACAUUUUUAUAAUUCAAUGAAAAAGAUGCAUGCCCCUCCUCUACAUUUAUACACUAAAGAACCAUUGAAACUUUCUAAUUCAGUCUACAAAUUCCCCAAUGUGAUUCCAAUACAAAGAGGAAAUCUAUUCUAUCCGAAGCCAACGCGACAACCGCUUAUCUUCGCUGCAUCCACCGGCAACCCAUUAGUAGCGAAAAGUCCAAAAUUCAGUCUACCAGUUCAAACUAUUAACGGAAUACGGACAGAUUUCGUUAGGCCACCAAAAGAUGCUAAUUUGUCUACAUCGACGUCUACAACAAUCGCCCCUACGACCACACAAAGAAUAUUACGAACAAAGCGAAUAUGGCCAAAAAGGAUUACAGAGAAGAUGAACUCGUCUUCUACUCAAAAUAUUUCCUUUACGUCCGAAAAGUUAUUAAAGAAUAACACAACUAAUAGCACUGAUUUGGCUACAUCCGCAAGCCGUCUACGCCCAAGAUAUGCUGCUACUGAAACACCGAUUUCAUCGACGACUUCUCAAGCUACGACUCGAGGUUAUCGCAGAGUAACCAGAACUUCAAGAAUAAAACCCACUAAAGCUCCAGUCUUCGAAUCAAUACAACCCAAUGAUUGGGUACCGAUUGUACCUUCUCACUACUCUAAAUUGAAAAAACAACCUCAAACACCUAUUAGUAAAAGAUCGGAUGUAUUUUUACAACCUUAUGGAUUAUUUCCCGUCGGUCAAUCAUCACAAAAUCCGCAUGCUCUGGGUAAAAAGAUGGUUUUUUUUCGUAAAAGAAAACGACAGAUGAAUCCUUACGUAUUUACUCAAGAAUAUAAUCCUAAAGUAAUUUAUCCGCAACAACAAUUAAGUUACGAUGACCAACAAACAGAAGGAAGUCAGAACCAACAAAAAGUAGUAACGAAGAUUAAACAUCACCACCAUCAUCAUCACCAUCGCUAUAUCAAAACUGUGGAAAAGCCAGUCAAGGUACCGUAUAAAGUUGAAGUCGAAGUACCAAAACCAUAUCCAGUAGAAAAGAAGGUUCCAGUACCAGUGCCCGUGGAAAAGAUAAAAGUUGUGGAUAGACCAUAUCCAGUUCAAGUAGAAAAAAAAGUUCCAUAUCCCGUAACUGUCAAAGUUCCACACCCCGUCCCUGUGAAAGUUGUCGAGAAAGAAUAUGUGCCCAAACCUUACGCUAUAAUCCAUCAUGUCCCGAUUUUCAAACAGGUUGAAGUUAAAGUACCACAACCUGUUGCUGUGCAAGUGGAAAAAAGAGUGCCUUAUCCAGUCAAAGUCCCAUACGCUGUAGAAAAACGGGUUCCCGUACCCGUGAAAGUCGAAACAAAAGUCCCUUAUCCUGUACCGGUUAAAGUUUUCAUACCUCAACCUUAUCCUGUUGAAAAGAAAGUACCCUAUCCUGUCGAAGUAAAAGUGAAAGAACCCGUUGAAGUUAUUAAACAUGUUCACGUUAAGGUACCAUAUCCGCAACCUUAUCCGGUAAAAAUACCGCACCCGAUACCGUACCGUGUUGAGAAGAGAGUCCCUUACCCCGUUAAAGUUGAGAAAAAAGUCCCGUAUCCUGUCGAAGUACUGGUUCCUCAUAAAGUAGAAGUUGAGAAAAGGGUCCCGGUCUACGUCCCACGACCUUAUCCGGUAGAAAAGAGAGUUCCCUAUCCCGUAAAAGUUCCGUAUCCAGUGAAAGUGCACGUUAAAGUACCAGUCCGAGUGCCUGUAGAAGUACCUGUGUAUAUCCACCAUCCUUUUCAGAUCAUAAAUGACGACGCGAUGGGAGUCGGAGAUGGCGGCAACAACUAUUACCCAGCCUCUGAGAGCAAUUAUUAUGCAGACGGAGAAGAAAACGGAUAUGUUAGCCGUUCGGAGACGGAAAACGUCACGAACAGCCCUCAGCACAGCGUAACUGUUCACGGUAACACGGGUUUCACGGGCUUCGUAUCGCGGUCUGAUAGUGAAUCCACGACUGCAAAAACAACACCGACGAAAUGAUUGUAUAAUUAAACCGUUGAUAUAAAUCAAAUAGUGCGUGUUAUAGACAGAUGGAAAGAAAACG